UGACAAACGUACACCGGAAAGACAGUCAUCAAAUCUACCAAGGCGUGGGUCGGAUGCUGGAGGAAGGGUGAAGGAACAAGAAGACGAAAAAGUUUGGUAGGUGGCCUCCAAAACCAGACCCCGCGGCUCGAAGAAAUCAGCGUUUCCUUCUAUCUACUUCCGCUUUCCCUUCUUCCCAGAUUCGCUGUUCCGGAGAGCAGGGUGUGCGGCAGAAAUGGGGUCCGGAUCUGCAUCUUUCCUCAAGGUGGUGGUCAAGAACUUGGACGUUCUUGCUGGGCCCAUAAUUUCACUGGCUUAUCCUCUAUAUGCGUCUGUUCGUGCAAUAGAAACAAAAUCUGCUGUUGAUGAUCAGCAAUGGCUCACUUACUGGGUGUUGUACUCGUUUAUCACUCUGUUUGAACUUACAUUUGCUCCAGUAAUUGAAUGGCUCCCUUUCUGGUCUUAUGGAAAACUGUUUUUCAAUUGCUGGUUGGUCUUGCCUUACUUCAAUGGUGCUGCGCAUGUUUAUGAGCAUUUUGUGAGGCCAAUGAUUGUUAACCAGCAAGUAGUGAACAUUUGGUAUAUUCCCAAAAAGGAAGAUUCAAGUCAAUCUGAUGAUGUAAUCUCAGCUGCACAGAAGUACAUAGAACAAAAUGGAUCAAAAGCAUUCGAGACUCUUGUUAACAAGUUUAAGGCUUCCAACCCGAGGCGAUCAAUCUUGGAGGAAGUAGAGGUGGAAAGGAGGGCCAGGGCUCAACGAGAAUCAGAAGCACGGGAUGUGAAUCCAUUCUUCCACCAAAAUUACUGAUACCAGACUAUUUUGUUCAGACGUCAGGAAUUGACAAAGACCAACUUGAAGGGAGAAGUCUAGAGGAUGAUAUUUAGGUUUAAUAUUAUGUAGCUGAAAAAUCAUGAGAUGUAAAUAGGUUCUGGCUUUGGAUGGUUGUAGGAGUCUGGGUUCUGUGAUGUUCAUGUCAUGAAUCUGUUAGAGGUGACUGAAAUUUCAGUGUGCAUGUCAUUGAUUAUUUGAUCUCGAAGGUUCGUGUUUCAGUGGUUGCUUUACCGUUCAGUAUUUGUAAAAAAAUAAGACCUAUACCUGAACUAUAGCUCA